GCAAUCCGAACAUCGGCGGCUGUCACCAAAUACGCAAAGGCUUGCGCCAUGGUCGGGUUGGGAAGAGGCGUCAAGGUUGUCGAUGCGCAUUCGGAGUUUCUCAAUGACGCACACUGGAGCCGGCUGCUGUCCGACGGCAUCAACCUGUCGCCGGCCGGGUCGCACAAGCUCACCGCUGUCCUCCUGCCCGUUCUCAGGGAAUUGGUGGGCGGAGCACCCCGGCUGUUCCCGGAGUUCUGCGACCUCGAUCCCGACAAACCGGAGGACGCUAUCUCGGCUUGGGCGUCCGAAACCUGCAGCGUCGCCCGCCUGUAGAGCCCACAAACUGGCGCUCCUAAGAUUACUGGCAUUCUUAUUAUCGUUAAUUUAUUAUUAUUUAUAAAUGAUAUUUAUAAAUAAGUGUUUUGUUUGUAUUUACUGAACACUGAAAUCCACGUUAUAACUGAGUUGCUCUACAUCACGGGGGCGUAUUUCUAAUUUAUUGCGAAGGUAUUACGGCGCUUAUUAAUUUAUUUACAGUGCAUCCAGCAGCGCUGAAGCAUUAUAGCAGGGGAGUGGGUACAACAAUAAAGAGACGAGCAGUAACAUAAAAUCACAAGGAGGGAGGACAAGGGGGCAAUGUAUCAAGACCAGUAAAACAGACACGUAAGCAAUAGGUGUGUAGAAUAAUACAUUCAGUCCACUGUAACUGGUUUGAAAGAGCAGUAGCACAAGAACAGAAGAGGUGCGCGCCUAUAUAAGCAUUUAGCAGUGCGUAAUCACAGGCAAGCUGCGCGCCUCGUCAAAACGCCCACGAGGGUCCCACAAACAUGCGCGUAAAAAAAAAAAUAAAAAAAAAACGUUUCGUUUUAUCUCUUGGCUGCAUCAAACUGCAUGCAACUGCGUUAAAACUAUCUUAUAGAUUUCGUUUUCUUGACAAUAUUUGCAGGGACGCAGUUGUCGAUGACAAAUUUGUGCUGGCACAGCACAUAUACC